CAAAGCAAGUAGCAAUCAAAGUGUAGUAUAUAGUAUUGCCACUACAACCAGCCUCCUCCAUAUAUAGUAGCACUCCAGUUCAAGUGUAGGUGUGUGCGUUUGUAGAAUAUUUGUGCAGCAACACCUAGCUAGCUGAUCGUGGUUGAUCCUCGGAGAAGUAGCUAGUCCGUAGUUUUGGGCUAACAGUAUUACAUCCCGUACCAACAUAAUGUUGGCCGGGUGCAUUCUAUUACGGCUAUAUAUAAACCGUGAGAAUCCUAGUAAUCAGUCCCUGUUCUUUCGUCCGGUCAAUCGAAGUCACGUUGGCUACCCAUUUACUACUCCCGAGUGAGUAGGAGGCACGUUCGCUACUCAGUGCUGUUCAGCCCUUUUUACACAAUAUAUUUUUAUUAUUCUCAUGUACUCCGUACUAUUAAAAAUACUUAAAUACUGUUAGUCUGCAGUCAAGCAAGCGGAGACUCGAUCUGUACACGAAAGUUUGGGGUGGCGUGUUCGGUGUGAGACCAGUCAACAAAGAUUAAGGGUAGCUACAGCUUAGUAUAUAUCCACAUGCUCUGGCAUUGAUCUGUUCAUUGUAUCGCAGGACACAGCAUUCAUUCACUAUAAGCUAGCUGCACUUAGCAUAUAUAUGAUGCUAACCUUGGCGCCCAAGAUUGGGAUGCCGGACUGCGACACAAGCUGCGGCAACGUAAGUGUGCCGUACCCCUUGGGCCUUGGGCCGGACCGCUGCUACCGGCCAGGCUUCAACCUCACCUGCGAUCGACUACGGCACGGCACGGCUGCUGCUUGACAGCCACGGGGCCUUCCAAGUCCUCGACAUCUCCCUCCAGGACACCACACUGCGCGUAACCAGCUCCGUUUCUGUCAUCCAACUCCAAGCCACCUCCAGAGAUCUUCUCUCCUUCCGUUUUAGUGAUUAUUUCACCAACCGCGGGGACGUGUUCUACUCAUUGUCAGCCCGCAACGAGCUCAUCCUCAUAGGGUGUAACGUCCCAGGGCCGGCUUUGGACCAGUGCGAGAGGUGCGACGGCCCGGGACCCAGACUAAAAGGGGGCCCAUAGUAUAUAUGCAGUAUAUAUAUUAUAUAGUACGGAUUAGUGGGGAAAAAAAGAAUGACUAACGUCCAGCCCAGGUAGCUCUGAGCCCACCCAGCAAGCAGCACGCAACCACCACUAGGGCCUGCCCAACCAAGCCCAUGCAACACACGUUGCCCUGUCGUUCGCCUGGAAUCCAGGGAGACGCACCGACACAGGAGCACGGAGACGCAUCGACACAGCAGCACGCCGCCUGACGCCGACACCAGCGCACCGCACCGAACCUGGAGCUGAGUUUGGGGAUCAAAUCGGCAAGAAUUCGGGGAAGAGAUCAACUGAUCAAGAUCAUCAUUCAGAAGCAUAAUCAUGUUACCUAAAAAACAUCUAUCUGGCUGUGAGAAAAGAAACAACAAGAAAAGAGUAGACAAGUUGAUUAAAUCUCAGGAAGGCGCUAUGGAUAUGUUUGUCUUGAGGACUGGUGCUGCUACAAAUUCAGAGCAAUUAUAUAUCACAAAUGGUGAAGAAAAACCUGAUGAUACUAAGAAUGCCGUUGAGGAAAAUCAUGUCGAGAAAAAUAAUGCUGCGGAAAAUGAUGCCGAUCAGCACACGGAAAAUUUUAGUGACCAUGAGAAUCUUGGAAAUGCAGAUGAGCAGGGUUCUUCUUUUGAUAUAUAUGAUCCUAGAACUUGGAAUAUUCUUGACAAUAAAUCAAGAGAUAUUCUCAUUGAAAAAGGACCUAUAAGGGAAUACAAUCUUGUGUUUCCCGAAGAUGAAAUUAGUGGCAGGCAUUUUUCAUAUGAUUACUACACAAGAAAGUUAAGGAAUGGCGAGUUCAGUGAUCGGAGGUGGUUAGUGUACUCUAAACACGUGAAUAAAGUCUACUGCUUUUGUUGCAAAUUGUUUAAAUCUGGAAAAAGCAAAAGUCUGCUAGCAUCCGAGGGAUUGAAGGAUUGGAGACAUCUUAGUGAGAAGCUCAAAUUGCAUGAGAAUAGUGUUGAGCAUAUCACUAACAUGAAUACUUGGAAUGAGGUAAGGCUGAGGCUAAGUAAGAAGGAAACAAUUGAUAAAGACAUGCAACAAGAGAUUGCAAGGGAGAAGGAGCGAUGGAGACUUGUUUUAAUUAGAAUUGUUGCUGCUGUGAAAUUUCUUGCUAAACAUAGUCUGGCUUUUCGAGGAUCGAAUGAGAAAUUAUAUCAAGAUAACAACGGAAAUUUUUUGGGAGUAAUUGAAAUGAUGGCAGAAUUUGAUCCUGUAAUGCAAGAGCAUCUUCGGCGCAUUAAGAAUAGUGAAAUCCAUCAUCAUUAUCUUGGCCAUAAUAUUCAGAAUGAGUUAAUUUCCCUUCUUGGUCGCACUGUUAAAUAUUCUCUGUUGAGGAUAAUUAAGGAUGCAAGGUAUUUCUCUGUCAUCUUGGACUGUACACCUGACGUGAGCCAUCAAGAACAAAUGACUCUAAUUGUGAGGUGCGUAAACAUGUCAAGUACUACUACAAAAAUAGAGGAGUUUUUUCUGGAGUUCUUGAAGGUGGAUGAUACAUCCGGACUUGGACUUUAUAAUGUGUUAAUAGAUUCACUUAAAUCUGUUGGUUUGGAUGUUAAAGAUGUUCGUGGACAAGGGUAUGACAAUGGUUCGAACAUGAAGGGAAAACACCAAGGGGUACAGAGCAGACUACUUGAAACUAAUCCAAGAGCAUUAUUCAUGCCAUGCGCUUGUCAUAGCCUGAACCUUACUCUUAGUGAUAUGGCAAAAUCUUGCGGUAAAGCUGUUACCUUCUUUGGUGUUGUGCAAAGAAUUUAUAUAUUGUUUUCAAGCUCUACUAAAAGAUGGCAGCUAUUGCUUGAUCAUGUUCCAAAAAUGACAGUUAAGUCUUUGUGUAACACUCGAUGGGAGAGUCGAAUAAAGAGUGUUCAGGCUAUCAGAUAUCAAGCACCCGAGUUAAGAAAAGCAUUACUGGAAUUGAAGAGAACUUCUACCGAUGACGCCAAGACUAAGAGCGACGCAAAAUCUUUGGCUAGCGCACUUGAGAAAUUUGAAUUUUUACUUGGCAUGGUCAUUUGGCAUGACAUUUUGUUCACUGUAAACAUGGUGAGUAAGAAGUUGCAGUCUAAGUUUGUGUGCAUUGAUGUUACUCUUAAACAGAUUGAAGGUGCCAUCUCAUAUUUUAAGAAGUACAGAAAUGACGGCUUUGCAACUAGUCUGGAUAUUGCGAGAUCUAUUGCAAUUGACAUGGGUGUACAACCUUUGUUUCCUGUCAAGAGACGUAUUACUAGAAAAAGACAGUUUGAUGAAAUUAGUGGCAAUGACGAAAAUAACCAGAAUGAAGAAACGCAAGCAAGUGAGGUGGAAUCAUUUAGAGUUAAAUACUUUUUGGUGAUGAUUGAUGUUGCAAUUGCUUCCCUAACUACUAGAUUUGAGGAACUGAAGACAUUUGGGAGCAUAUUUGGUUUCUUGUUCAACUCGAAAGAGUUGAAGUCCUUGGGUGAUAAUGAUCUAAGAAGAUGUUGCACUAAUUUUGUCAACAAAUUCACUCAUGGUAAGUCAGCAGAUGUCGAUCUAGAUGAUUUCGUUUCUGAACUAAAAGUACUGCAGAUGACAUUGCCAAACACAUUCAUGUCAGCGGAUCAGAUAUUUGAGUUUGUUAGAGAUGCGGAUUGUUAUCUAAAUGUCUCAAUUGCUUAUCGUAUCCUUUUGACUGUACCUGUGACUAUUGCAUCAGCUGAAAGGAGUUUCUCAAAAUUGAAACUAUUGAAAAAUUAUUUGAGGUCAACGAAGUCUCAAAAAAGAUUGAAUGGAUUGGCCAUGUGCUGCAUUGGGAAGAAUAUGUUGGAUAGUAUAGAUCUUGACACUCUCAUUGAUGAUUUUGCGUCAAAAAAUGCAUGA